CCCCCACGCUUUCUAUGCUCAGUUGCUCCAACAGCCAAACCAAACGCAAAUAAAUUAUUACAGCAAACGCCACCAACUAAACUACCAUAUAAAUAUUUUCUUAAUACUAAUUGACGAAGGAUUAGCUAGCUUCACACAAAAUCUGCAAAUUUAGUUUCAGCUCUCCCUUACUUCAAUUAUAAAUACCACGUGCAUUAGCCACCUCCUUCCAUCAUAUCCAGACUCACCAAUCUUUUCUAAAAAUGGCCUCCAAAUCUCUGAUCAUCAUCUGCUCUUUUCUUCUGGCGCUCGUAUUCUCAGGAAACUCUGCUCGUUUUCUGUUGGAAGAAGCUCCAAAGGAGGAGCAGCCAUCAGUGCCGAAGCUAGAAUGGCCUCCUUUGCCUGAACUCCCAAAGCUAGAGUUGCCUCCGCUGCCAGAAAUCCCUCAUGAGCUACCCAAACUGGCUUUGCCUCCCUUGCCAGAGUUUCCACAUGACUUGCCGAAGCUAGAUAUCCCUCAAUUGCCGGAAAUCCCUCAUGACCUUCCCAAACCAGAGUUACCGCCAUUGCCGGAAAUCCCUCAUGACCUCCCAAAGCCAGAGGCGUUGCCUCCGUUGCCGGAGAUACCUCAUGAGUUGCCGAAGCCGGAGUUGCCGUAGAAACCGCACUUGCAGCCGGAAAAGCCUCAACAUCCGUGAUGUGUUCAAUUCUGCGUGUUACUGUCGUUUGAAUUUUGAAGUUGUCGUCUUCUACUUUACAUCAUUCUAUCAAUUGUUGGUUUCUUAAUUGUUACCAUUUCAUUUAUAUAUUUUGGGUUGUAUGUUAUGUACGUACUUAAUAGGUAUUUCAAAUUC